AUGUUUGCUCCAGGCCACCCGCAGCUCUCUGAGGUCGAGAUAAAGGCUGGAGAAAAGGAGGCGUAUCAAACGGUGAAGACGGUCAUUGCGGGCAGUAUUGUCCUAUACCUCUCACCAUUCGCGAUAAGUUUUGUCAAGAAGCUGUUCUAA